GUAAAAUUGGCAUGUUAAUGUUUCUGAGAAACCAGCGGAGAGGAGAAAUAGCAAGUCACGCAGCUCUCAGUCUCCUCCCGAGAAGAGCCGCCGAGCAGCAUCUUGGAGAUAACCACGGGUCGCUCUCCGCCCACGGAAAACCCGUACAUCUUUAAUCCGUGGUUCUUGAGCCAGAAGUGAACCGCCCCUCCUCCUGAUCUAGAGAUGCGUGUCCGGGCCGCGUGGGAUCGGGUCGGUUGGUGUCGCCGGCUCUGAGUGGGGAUGAGGCGGAGGCCGUUCGAUCUCCGGCGGCCGGCGAGGCGGCGAUGGCUCUCCAUCGUCUGGGUCUGGUUCGUGGCCGCCGGCCUCGGGGUGCUCCUCCUCCUCGUGGUGCUCAGUCGCGAGAAGCUGCCGAGAUCCGAUCCGCCGUUGGUCCGCCAGAAACUUUACCGCUCUAGUUUUCCCGAAGGUCUGAACAUUACAAAUGAAAUGCUGAGUCCUUAUUCAUUCACAAGACAAAUAGUAGACCAAAUAUCUCUUGCAAAGGCUUUGGUUGUCAUCUCUAAAGAUAGCAAUAACCUCCAAUUUGCAGCAGAGCUUAGUGCCCAAAUUCGCAAAUGUCAAGCUCUUCUGUCCAGUGCUGCGACAACAGGAACCCCAUUAACCACGGAAGAAUCAGAAGCAGCAAUCCGUGAUAUGGCUCUCCUGCUCUACCAAGCACAGCAACUCCACUAUGACAGUGCAACUAUGAUUAUGAAGAUGAAGGGUCAAUUCCAAUCUUUGGAUGAGAAAAUGAAAUCCGAGGCUGAAAAGAGCACCAAGUAUGGGCAGAUAGCUGCUGAAGAACUUCCCAAAAGCCUAUAUUGCUUGGGUAUCAGGCUUACCAUGGAAUGGUUCAGGAAUUCAAAUUUUCAGAGAGAACUCUCAGAAGGGAGGCACAGGAUGGAGAAGCUUAGAGACAACGGUCUCUAUCAUUAUUGUGUGUUCUCUGACAACAUCCUUGCUGCAUCAGUUGUGGUUAACUCUACUACCAUGAACUCAAAGCGUCCAGAAAUGAUUGUAUUCCACCUGGUCACAGAUGAGGUAAAUUUUGCUCCAAUGAAGGCCUGGUUCUCCAUGAACAGUUUCCGAGGUGCAACCAUCGAGGUCCAGAAGGUGGAGGAUUUAAGUUGGCUCAAUGCCUCCUAUGUACCAGUUUUAAAGCAGCUUCAGAACUCUGAUACACAGAACUACUACUUUUCUGGAAGUGGUGAUAACCGAACACCAGUCAAGUUCAGGAACCCAAAGUACUUAUCAAUGCUAAAUCACUUGAGGUUCUAUAUCCCAGAAGUCUAUCCGGCAUUGCAAAAGGUAGUGUUUCUCGAUGAUGAUGUUGUAGUUCAGAAAGAUCUCUCAGAAUUGUUCACAAUUAACAUCAAUGGAAAUGUGAUGGGUGCUGUUGAGACUUGCAUGGAGACCUUCCACAGAUUCCACAAAUAUCUGAACUACUCCCACCCAUUGAUACGUGCACAUUUUGAUCCUGAUGCAUGUGGGUGGGCAUUUGGAAUGAAUGUCCUUGAUCUGAGAGAGUGGCGGCGGAAGAAUGUUACUGGCAUAUAUCACUACUGGCAGGAGCGUAAUGCCGACCAUACCCUCUGGAAGCUUGGGACAUUGCCUCCUGGGCUACUGGCCUUUUAUGGGUUGGUUGAGAAGCUGGAUGCCAAAUGGCAUGUGCUAGGGUUGGGAUACACAAACGUCGACAUGUCGCUUAUAAAAAAUGGUGCAGUAUUGCACUAUAAUGGGAACAUGAAACCAUGGUUGAAGAUUGGAAUGGAGAAGUACAAGGGUCUGUGGGAUAAGUAUGUGGACUACUCUCACCCUUUGUUGCAACAGUGCUUCGUGCAUGGAUAAAGAAAUAUGGGGCCAAUGCAAGUGUUGUUCCUAAUAUCUAUCAGAUGGGCGGAAUCCAUAUAACAGACAAAGUCUGCAGUCGUGAUGUGUAGAAUUCGAGGCAUUUGUAGACUUAACAUAUACAUUGGUUUUUCCCUGAAAAAUUUUGCAUUUAAUUUACCUAGGUUCAAGAUGUGAUUGCAGGGUAGUACUGAUUGAUGUAAUAGAUCAAAUGAACCUUAUUGGUUGUUCUUGUGGCCUAGUCUCUGAAGGACGCAAUGCUCUUUGUACUAAAACUAGGUAAUUAUUUUGCAGGCAUCUGUAGCAGAAACAUUUCUGCACCAUUUUAUUUAUACUGAAACCAGGACAAGAUUAAAUUCUUCCA